CUGUAGGGGUUGCUGUCGGACUGUAUUCACAAUUCUUUAUCUGUAUUUUUUCGGCUCCAAAAGAUGAGUUCUCAAGCGGAAUCUUCCUUAGAUAAUAGGUAAGUAUGUUUCCGGAUUAAUUCUUGGGUAAAUUUUGUGAUAUUGAACAAAAAUUUGUUGGUUGUUGCCCGACUUAAUGUACAGGAUUCAGGUCCUGUGUUUAUUUGACGGUAAUUAAGCGGUCGAUUUUUCGUCUCUACGAAUCGAAUCUUUACCAGGAAAGAUUUAUUUUCGCUCCAAAGCUAUUGGAAAUCUUUAAUUCUGUUAGAUUUUUAAAACUCGUUUUUUUUCACAGUUUUCACAUGUCAGGUUUGAAUUAUGUGACGUGGUUUUGUACUGUUUGAUCGUAUCUUAGCUUCCCUUAGCAACUGUUUCUCGCUACAUUAAACGCAGGGUGGCGUGCGGUUUUUCUUAUUUGAAAUUCUUUUUUUUCUUUGUUACCUGCCUUUGCAUAUUUCUCAUGAAUAUCCGUGAUACUCUUGUAAAUCAAACGCUGCACCAUUAAAAUACAGUUUAAAACGUUUGCCUCAACAAGAGAGUGUUAUAUUUGAAACUCCUUGGGGGGGGAGGUGGUGGAGGGAGGAGACUUGAGUCAAUUUUUUUGUUUGGGUAUGAGCCACUGGCGUCUUAGAACCCCCUACCUCUUUAUAGUCUAUUCUGUGUCCAAUUGUGGAACUCAUGUUAGUCACUUUUGUUAAUAUGGUAACAAUUUUUUAACUACAAAUCUUCCCAUUUUAAAAUCCCUAUUUACCAAAAACUUUUCUGCCAAAAUCCUGAAAAUGUAUGACCCUAUUCUUGUUACACAAUUGAAAGAGAAACCCCAUUAUAGUCAAUCCAAUCGUAAAAAUGUGACCUUAUACAACAUGAUAUCCCUAUUAGCCUGUUUCUAGGAAAUAACCUUCUCCCUCAGAGUUGAAAGUUCUAGCUGUCCACAUUUAUUAAUAAUCUUUUUCAAACUCUUUAGGGAUGAUGAAGAAUCUCCAGAAAAAAGUCCAUGGCUCAAUGCUCACCAAGAUCCAGUUGCACAGCUCUACACCUUUUCCACAUCAAUUUCCUUGGCAGAUCUGAAUGCUGACUCUGACCACAAACUCCUUGUGGCUGACCUGGGCACAGGCACGUUUGACAUGAAGCUGAAGGUUUUUAAGGGAACUAGUCUAUUUAUGGAGAGUGCUAUCAUUGAUCUGCCAACAGCUCUGGUAACAUUUUAUAUGGACACAAAUGAUCCACGCACACCUGCCGUGGCAGUUGCUUCAGGACCAUUCAUCUAUGUGUACAAGAAUUUGAGGCCUUAUUUUAAGUUCACUUUACCACCUUUGGAAGUGAAUGCUGUGGAGCAAGAUCUCUGGAACCAGGCUAAAGAAGACAAGAUUGACAUUCAUGUGCUCAGGGAGAUGUUGGAGAGUUUGAAGAAUGAAGGAAGUGAGGGUUUCCUUACUGUACGCUCACUGAAAUUACUGUCCCUUGAACCAGAGGAGGUUGAAGCUUUUGCAAGUGUUCACAAGCAUGCCCCACUGAAGAGGCAAACAGUGAUUACUUGCAUGGGAACAAUGAAAAAGAGUAUGGCUGAUGAUGAUGCUGUUAGCUGUUUGGUGAUUGGAACAGAGAGUAAGGAUGUCUUUGUUCUUGAUCCUGAAGCUUUCACUGUCCUUGCAAGAAUGAACCUCCCCAGUGUACCAGUAUUCAUCUCAGUCAAUGGUUUAUUUGAUGUGGAAUUCCGAAUUGUAGUUGCGUGCCGAGAUGGUAAGGUAUACACCCUGAAGAGGGGUAAUAAGAUGGCCAAGGCAUGCAUUGAACUUGGAGCCCAAGCAGUUGGUUUGGAGCGCACAGGAAAGAGCAUUAUAGUGGGGUGUAUGGAUAACACACUGGUUUGUUACUCCACCAAAGGGAAAAAACUGUGGACAGUGUACCUCCCCUCCAGUAUCACCACCAUGAGCCUUAUGGAUCACAAAGCAAGGGGUUUUAAGGCUGUCAUGGUAGCCAUGAAAAAUGGUGAAGUCAGGAUCUACAAGGAGAAGUAUGUCAUCAAUACCAUCAAAAUGCCAGAAGCAGUGACUGCUAUGAAGUUUGGUCGGUUUGGCCGGGAGGAAAGUGCCUUAAUUCUCAUCACCAAAGGUGGAGGCCUUUAUGUGAAAAUCUUGAAGAGAACUGCAAACUUUGAAGGCAAGGAUUUGACUCCUGGACCACCUCAGGCACAAUCUAUCAAGCUCAAUGUUCCGAAGAAGACAAAGCUUUUUGUGGAUCAGACAUUGCGUGAACGUGACAGUGCUGGCAGCAUGCAUAGAAUGUUCCAACAUGAUCUAUACCUCAUGCGCCUCAUGGCUGCAAGGGCAUAUGUCAGUGCACUUCAGAAAAGUUUGAACCCGAUUUCCUCCUCUACUACAGAACCCCUGAAGCUUUCAGCUCAAGUUCAGGGAAUUGGGCCUGCCUUCAAGCUGACUGUGAAUCUUCAGAACAUUUCGUCAAGUGUGCCAUCCACCAACCUCCUCAUCACAUUUCAGUUCGAUGACUCCCUGUAUGCCCUGUCUAAGCCUUGCAUUACUGUUCCUCUGCUUGUGCCAGGCCUAAUGUACACUUAUGAAACUCUUGUGGAGUGUAUCAGUGAUAAAGGGAUUUCAGAUUCAAUCAAAGUGUUUGUUUUGCAUCAAGGAAAUAGCAUUCCUGUCAUUACUGCUGUCAUUAAUAUGCCUGUUAGUGAGGCUCUGGUUAUUGUGUAGCCACAAGAACUACAGUUUAUGUUACCAAGACUGUUCUCACAGUUCAGUGACUUAAUUAUUUAUUACAAAAUCAGAAAAGAUAUUUUGUUUAGUUGUCUCUAAAUUAGUGCAAGACCAUGAUUGAUAUGCUGUUCUUUGCAUUUUCCCUUUAUAGGGCAAUUGCAUGACCAUUAAUUCAUGUACAAUAACAAAGUUUUUAAAAAGUUGUGUUUCAUAAUUGUGGUGAAAACUCCUGUUGCUCACCCUUUCCACUCUAACAUCAUUACGCAUAUUCUCUGUGCUGUUCUUUAUACAUUUCAUAAGGUGCUGACAGGGAGAAUUUGUUUAACAAUCAAGAGCUUCUUUGGUUGGUAAUCAUUUCCUUUCCUGUCAUGAUUCAGGGGUGAUAUUAGAAGGAGAAAUAUGCAGCCAGUAACUCUUAGUCUUAGGGGUCAAAGGGCGAAGUAUCGUUAUUUAUUGAUCCUUAUCAGAAGUCACCACAAUGUGAGACCGAUUAUUUUUCACUACAGUGACAUUGUUUACUUAUUCCAAAGGCCUUGUAUAUUCUUCAUGGGGUGUUAAAAAUUUUCUCUUAAUUAAUUCUGUCUCCAUUAUGCAAGUGCUGUUUCAGUAAGCUUCUAUGAUCAGUGUUAAGCUAGCCCAGACAACACUGGCUAAGAACUGAUUGGAGCACAUCAAGUACAUAGCUAUGACAUAAAUCCCUAUUUGACUCAAGACUUUCGGAAAGUACUGAUUGAUAAGAGAAUAAGUGGAGAUUAUUGGUAGACAAGUUACUUAGAACCACUACGGUAGAAUACUUGUGAUUAGAGCCCAUUUGUGUAGAUUUAUAGUUUUCCGUAGAUAAAAUAUGAUCAAUGAUCAGAGAGGGAAAUUUAAACAAUCUGAAUGAUAAAGAAGGAUAUUGUGUCUAGGGCUUGCAUACUGUUUUGACUCUUUAACUCCCAGAAGGGAUUAACAUGAAACUUCUCCCUCUUAUAUCCCUGCAUUAUCAAGCAAAAAGGUAGUGAGAAUAAUCAAACUUAUCAAUCUCCUUUGUUCUGAGCUUGUCUCUCCGUCGCUCGUAAUCAACAUCAGUAUUGAAAAUGAACUUGUUUGCCC